GAGUGGGGUUAUUUAGGGCUCCAAAGACGACUCUUUUCUCUAUCUCGGUCGGGAGAGGCGGGAAGUUUGCUCUAAUUGGACCCAACCCUUCUUCUCUACUCCCUCCUCUGACCUUGCAAGAGUCCGAUAGGGUUUCGUUGUCCCCGGAUUGAAGCGAUUGCGAGCUCUCGAUCCUCUUCUUCCUUCUUCUUUCGCAAUAGAUCGUUCGGGCGACGGCGGGAAUUAGGGUUCGGGAGGGGUUUUGGGAGGAGGAGGAGUAGGGAGGAUGCCGAUGGACGCGGCGGUGCUGGAUGAUAUCAUACGGCGACUUCUGGAGACCAAACGCGGGCGGGCGGUCAAGAAUGCGCAGGUGACGGACCCGGAGAUCCGGCAGCUCUGCGUCGCGUCGAAGGAGGUCUUUGUCAGCCAGCCCAUUCUGCUGGAGCUCGAGGCCCCCAUCAAAAUCUGCGGAGAUAUUCAUGGCCAAUAUGCUGAUCUUCUUCGCCUUUUUGAAUAUGGUGGAUACCCACCACAAGCAAAUUAUUUGUUCCUUGGGGACUAUGUUGAUCGUGGUAAGCAGAGCAUAGAAACCAUAUGCCUACUCCUUGCUUACAAGAUUAAGUACCCAGAGAACUUCUUCCUGUUAAGGGGUAAUCAUGAAUGUGCUUCUAUUAAUCGUAUAUAUGGAUUCUAUGAUGAGUGCAAGAGGAGAUAUAAUGUUCGUUUGUGGAAAGUUUUUACGGAAUGUUUUAACUGCCUUCCGGUUGCUGCACUUGUUGAUGACAAGAUACUGUGUAUGCAUGGGGGUUUAUCUCCUGAACUAAAGAGCUUGGACCAGAUCCGAAAUAUUGCUCGUCCAGUGGAUAUUCCAGACCAAGGUCUCCUUUGUGACUUGCUAUGGUCAGACCCUGACAAAGAUAUCGAGGGUUGGGGAGAAAAUGAUAGAGGUGUCUCUUAUACUUUUGGGUCUGACAAGGUGGCUGAGUUUCUUCAGAAGCAUGAUCUAGAUCUCAUCUGUCGUGCCCACCAGGUUGUGGAAGAUGGCUAUGAAUUCUUUGCAAAGCGCCAACUGGUGACAAUAUUCUCUGCCCCAAACUAUUGUGGGGAAUUUGAUAAUGCUGGUGCUUUGAUGAGUGUAGAUGGCACUCUGACCUGUUCGUUUCAGAUACUUAAACCAGCUGAUAAGAAAAAGGGAUUUGGGAAUAUGUUAAAACCAGGAACACCUCCCAGGAAGGGAGGGAGAUGUUGACAUAUGAGGUCAUUCGAUGUGGGCUCUAUUCUUGGGACACACAGAACCUUGCUUGAGGAGACGACUGCUUACCACCAUUCACGGAGUUGGAGUUUAAAGACAGAAUCUGCGACCUUUCACGAUUGUUCUGACAUUGCCUGGCUGCCAAAUGUUGUAAAGCUGAAUGCAAAAGAUAACCUUGUGGUCAUGCCCUGUCUUUUAUUAGUUUAUAUAGUCUUUUAGUUUGUUUAGCUCCGAUCUUAGAACUCAUCAAAUUGCUAAUCAUGAUCUAUUGUUGAAUGCUUGCUCUGAAAUCUUAACGCUUGCUCAUUUGCCGAAAACUGUGUUUAUUACACAAAUGAAUGAAGGAAUUUUAUAAUGUGUCGAA